CCAUUUUCUUCAGAGGAGAGGCUGAUGUCUUCAUAGCGGCACACAAAGUCUGUUUAAUGUGCCAGUAUUAUCUCCAUGUCUUUACCGCUAUUCCUUCCUUUCCCUCACUCUGCUAUAGCCACAAAGGCCUCUCUGUGGUUGCUCAGUCAGGCCAGGCACAGCCCACCUCAGGGCUUUUGCAUUUUCUUUUCCUCUGCUUCUUAGGUCCCUAACUCUUCACCCCAUGUCUUCGGACAGGACUCACUUUCUCACCUCCUCAGUGAAACCCUCUUUUACCUACUUAAAACUGCCUAUUACUCUCCUGCCCUCUCCCAUACUGUCUAACCCUCUUUCCAGGUUUUUCUCCAUAGCAGUUACCACCACUUGAUACUCUACGCAGUUUUCACUUAUCUUUGUUAUGCUCUGUAAGCUCCACAAGGACAGGGACUCGUGUGCUGGGCUACCAUGUGUGCCUCCAGCCCCUGGAAGGGCGGCUGGAACAUAACGGAGCGCUGUCGGCCUCAGCUGAGUGACUGGAGGAAUGGGAGCCCAGAGUAGAAAACAUUCAAGCCCGGGAAGACUUCCUGGAGGAUCCCAUCUAACCGCCGCUCUCCCAAACACCGCCCAGAAGAUGCGGGAGCCGGCUCCGCUUCCUCGAACCCCGCCUGUCGGGGGCGGGGCCUCCACCGGAAGCCUCCCUCCCCAGCGGAAGCCGACCCUGCGCCUGGGCCCUCCUCCCAACCUGUCUCCGGCUCUUGCCCCGCCCACCCGAAAGUGGGUGAAAGGUCAGCGCUGCCGGCGGUGUGGCUGGGGCUGUGGAGCAGGACCCGUCUGGAAGAGAUAGCCGCACACUGCCGGCGAGGCGGACGGACGGACCAUGGCAGACGAACCGAAGCCCAUCAGCCCGCUAAAGAACCUGCUGGCCGGCGGCUUUGGCGGCAUGUGCCUGGUGUUUGUGGGGCACCCUCUGGACACUAUCAAGGUCCGACUGCAGACACAGCCCCCGAGUUUGCCUGGACAGCCUCCCAUGUACUCUGGGACCUUCGACUGUUUCCGGAAGACUCUUGUUAGAGAGGGCAUCACGGGGCUAUAUCGGGGCAUGGCUGCCCCCAUCAUUGGGGUCACCCCCAUGUUCGCUGUGUGCUUCUUUGGGUUUGGUUUGGGGAAGAAACUGCAACAGAAAUCCCCAGAGGAUGUGCUUAGCUACCCCCAAAUAUUUGCAGCUGGGAUGUUAUCGGGUAUAUUCACCACGGGAAUUAUGACCCCUGGAGAACGGAUCAAGUGCUUGUUACAGAUUCAGGCUUCUUCAGGAGAAACCAAGUACACCGGGGCGUUGGACUGUGCAAAGAAGCUAUACCAGGAAUCUGGGAUUCGAGGCAUCUACAAAGGGACAGUACUCACCCUCAUGCGAGAUGUUCCAGCCAGCGGGAUGUAUUUCAUGACAUAUGAGUGGCUGAAAAAUAUCCUCACACCAGAGGGAAAGAGUGUCAGUGAGCUCAGUGUACCUCGGAUCCUGGUGGCUGGGGGCAUCGCAGGGAUCUUCAACUGGGCUGUGGCAAUCCCCCCGGACGUGCUCAAGUCCCGCUUCCAGACUGCACCUCCUGGAAAAUAUCCUAAUGGUUUCAGAGAUGUACUGAGAGAGCUGAUCCGGAAUGAAGGAGUCACAUCCUUGUAUAAGGGGUUCAAUGCAGUGAUGAUCCGAGCCUUUCCAGCCAAUGCGGCCUGUUUCCUUGGCUUUGAAGUUGCCAUGAAGUUCCUUAAUUGGGCCACCCCCAACUUGUGAGGCUGAAGGCUGCUCGAGGCUUCUGGAUGAUGGAAGCUAUCACGGAGGAGGAGCAGUGGGCAGGACUAGGCAGUCCUGAAAGGCAAAGGGAGGGGAAUGGUGGGAUCACAGCUCUGUACAUGCACUUGUUGAGACCAUUGCCUUAAUGACAUCAUCUACCUGGUAUAACUUGGUGUGCCAUUUUGAAACUUGAAUUUACUCAUGUCAAUUUAUGGGAUCUCAAGAGGAUUUGGAGGUGGAGUAAGUAGCUUCUAGACCAGAUACUACCUAUGGUCAGAGAACUAUCUACUGGUUAACUACAGGCCCUACUACACCCAAAAUACUCGAGAAAGAGGGAAUCUCAGCUUCUCACUGGAGACACUAUGCAUGUUUCAACCAGCUGACCAAGAGCUGGUGUUUUCUUUGAUCCCUACCUAAGAACAUCCACCAGAUUUCCAGGGUAUCACUUAAUCCUGGCCUGCACAUGGGGAUGUGGACUUGAGGUCCACAUCUCUCUGUCCAAGUGGGCUGAGCAAAUGUGCCUAGGGGGAGGGGGAGAUAGCCUGUUAACAGUCGGUUGAUUUUUCUUUUUAAAUGCAUGCAAGCAAUCAAAACUAAAACUACAGUAGCCUAAUUUCCCAGGAGUAGAUGGAGAGCUUUCCCUCCUACACAGCGAGGAGGGUUUUGAAUCAACAGUCCUAGCCUGCUGAGAUAAGUGACAAAGCCUGGGGUGUAGGAAAGGCUCUUUUCACACACUCUUUUCUCAUGAGAGCACCCUAUUUUAACAGGAAACAAUAAGCAUUGUUUCUAAUUUUUGCAUUGUGUGAAAUUAUUUUGAUUCUGGGUCAUUUCAGCAGGCAGCCUGUGGCCUUGGUGGAGGCUGUCAGGGAUCUGGUAUCCUUCUUUCGUGGCCUCAGGCAGGGACUUCAGGAGAAAGAGGAGGAAGUUUUGGCUAGCCCAGCCUUCCCUGACCGUCCUAGCAGCAGCUGCCUGAUGGGGAAGGGAAGUGGAUGGGGUAGAGGUGGGGUUUGAUUGCUAACUGUUUUGUUUUGUUUUUUUUUAAAGAUUUUAUUUAUUUAUCUGACAGGGAGACAGCCAGCGAGAGAGGGAACACAAGCAGGGGGAGUGGGAGAGGAAGAAGCAGGCUCCAAGCAGAGAAGCCUGAUGCGGGGCUUGAUCCCAGAACUCCAGGAUCACGCCCUGAGCCGAAGGCAGACGCCCAAUGACUGAGCCACCCAGGCGCCCCUGAUUGCUAACUGUUCCCAUAGCCCUCCAUACAAGUCUGCAGCCCUUCCCUUCAUUCUUUCACCUCUCUCCCCUGAGCUAACAGAGUUGAUUGUUCUAAAAGCCAAAAGCAAUCCUGACUUAUCAUGUGAGUUUGGGAGUCACUGUGAUCUGAUGUCACCAGCCGGGUUUUGCUAAUUAGGCUAUUGAUGAUGCCCAGGUACAUCCAGAGGAGGUAAGGGAGACAGGUUAAUUUGUCCUUGUCUGGUGGCUGGCGAGGCUACUGGAGCUGGGCUUCUCUGGCAUUGUCCCAUCUGGUGGUCACAGUUAUAGUUCUGCUAGCACGUCCCACCCUGCCGCAGCUGCACAGAGACCCUUGGACUUUGGCUUUAGCGCCAUCACUCUGCAUAAGAGGGUGAGGUGGCAGGGACCUACCCCCAUCUGGGAGUGGGCGUGGUCAGCCCAGCAGGAAGCUGAAGAUUUGGGGGUUUAAGGAAGGAUACUUUAUUCCUGGGAAGAUGUUUUUGAGUGACCAGAAAGGAAUUAUGGUCAAGUAAAAACAAAAACAAUAAUAAAAAAACAUCGUUUAGAGAUGCAAAUUGUGUGCCCUCUGCCUAGGAAGAUAAUUCAGUGUUAUGCCUGCCCUCUCAUGCUGCAGGAUGUCUUUAUUUAAUCUCUCACUGGUUUGGAGAAGGCCACAUAUGUGUUUCCUGAAGCUCUUCUUGGCAGCACCCUGUCCUUGAGAUAAUCCUGCAACCUCAGCCUUUGCCUGCAAGCCCCCGUGAGUGCAUUUGCAUUCCAGCCAAGUGACAGCCAUUCUCAUGGCUCAGGAUCACUUUCACAGUCUGUGCUUCUGGAGAAUUUGCCCUUUGAAACAGCUUCCAUUUUAAAAUGGAAUGUUUUGGUUCCUUGAUGUCAGUGGUGGUAGAUUCUUCUACUCCUUUGGUUGUUCAAUAGGUGCUAAGUCAAAUAGGGAAGCCCCAGGAGACAUAUUUGUGAAGGGAGCAGAGCAGAUGGUGAGUAACUCCCUCCUGGCUGGCACUUCCUUUUUAUGAUCCACUUUGAAAUGCCACCUGUUUCUGAUACAUCUCUUCUCUCCCUGAUGGGGGUAAGCGUGGGGGAAAGACGGGCCCUCCUCAGCAAUUUCUCUGUCACAGACAGCAUUAAGUAGAAGCCAGACAGCAGGUGUUAAAACAACCAGCCGGUGAUAACAGCCUCACCCAAGCACAGAGAAGAGUAUAACUGGGUCAAAGGUGAGGGGCAGACAGUGGGAUGUUGCAACAAGCCUAUUAGAAGCAACAGUAGCGCCAUUUCUGCUGUAAGGUCAUACCAUCUCCACAGCCCUAUAGUUCUUUCGAGGCUGGAACUCCCUAUGCCCUUUCUAACUUUCCAAUGGUUCAUUCUUAAUUCUUCAUCCCCAUAUAACUCAAUGUUUAGUGGGCAGGGAUUUUUACCCACGCUUUCAGAUGUGGAAGCCAGUGCUCAGACAGGGUAAGCUGAUCUGCCAAGAGCAUUGACAGAUUGAUAAUAGAGUGCAGAUAAUAGAGUGAUGCCUGGGUGUCCACAGGCCUGAAGAAAGGCUUGUGAUACUAUCAGAGGCUGUCCUGGGGCUGCUUGACCCAAGGUCCAGGAGGCCUGUCUGUACUACAGGGUCAAAGCCUGGCAACUGGCCUAUGAGUCAGGCCACAGGUAGCACAGAGUCCCAACAGGCACUGGGAAAGCCCCAGGGCUAGGUGUUCCCUGAGGGCUCUCUUUUCUGCUUUCUCUGCUCUGGUGAGCAUAUAGGCCUGUGGCUCUCUAGCCAGGCUCUCCCUUGCUUCCCUGGCUCUGUCCUUGCCUUGAGGGGUCUCUGAGGCUGACCCAAGAUCCGCAGAAACUGACACUUUCUUGGGACUCAGUGUCCUGGGGAGGGGGUGGUUCACAGGUGUAGAAACAGGUGGCCUGGGAAUUAACUGCUCCCUGGGGCAUGGACACUUAUUAAAAUACAGCAGACUUCCUGGACCAAAGGCAGUGAAUGCAUGAGAGAGGCAUUAUAGAGGCUGAAGGACAGCUUGGGUGAUGACAGAGAAAAUGUAGCCCACUUCCCCAAGCCUUCCUGUCCAAGAGGCUCAUAAACACUUCUAAGGCAAAAUAGACUGAUGGUGGUAGACACUAAAUGAGCUGGGAAGACUGGACCAGAGGAGAUAGGAUGCAGGGGUGGUCAGAUGACCAAUAGGUUCCAGGAGACAGGUAGGGGACUGGAGUCCCUUAGAGAUCCCUUUUGGGCAGAGAAGAGGGAGGUAUUGCUGCUUGGACUGAGUCCACUCCCCCAUCCCUAGUAGACAGAGGGUAUCAGAGGGCAGAAGGUGUAUAAACUGGGAGAUCUGGGCCAAGAGCAGGCUUCCAGAGGGGUCUGAGGGAGUUCGGGUGUUUCCCUUCUCCUUGGAAAGAGAAAAAAAACCCUUUUAAAUAAUAAACCUAUCAAGAGUACAUGAAA